GUCGACUCGGACUUCCAUUUGGUGUUUGUGUAGCAUACCUACUACAUGGUAGUACUUGCUGCUGGGCUGGAGCACAAAACCCCCUCUGCCUGUCCAUGGGACUGAACCUGACACCGACACGCUCGGGCUGGAGUCAUGGCGAGUCGGGCAGUGCCGGAAGAAACCGCGUCAGACGAGGUAGAUCAGUCCCACGGGCCGCGGGCGCCUGCGUGCGCCGAGGAACUUGGACGUGAGAGGGAGAAACAGCGGGCGUGCACUCGCACGUAGCCCACCACGAGUCCAGGGACUGAGUUGCGACCGACGCGUGACCGGAAGAAAAAGUAAAAAAGAGAAACAACAGAAUGGGGUUGUUGAAGAGGAAGAUCCCGGGCCGGAUAGUCUGAUGUUGAGACGGGAUGGAUGGGUCCAAGGAGACCCGUGGACCCGCCCAUGUACUUUGCUGCCCCCAGAUUGUGAGGAUAUUUCUUCGUGAGGGUGUAUUGGUAGCCUUCUGAUUAGAAACAUCUUGAACGAAUAGGCAAGGCAUAUGAAUUUGGAGGUGGCGUUGGGAUAUGUGCACUUGCCACGUUCUCAAACUUUAACACCAGGGGUGUCAGAUUCCAUCUCCAGCAGGUUAGGAUGUUAGGAUGGAUGUCUGCACGUCUGGUGAUGCUGCAACCUUCUCCGCCGCUCCACUUCCCCUCACGCUCCCUGGAACCCUGCUCGUCCAACCAUCCACCACGUGUGCCGCCAUGACAGGAACUCCCCGCCGUCCAGGCAAGCCCAAGGUCGAGUGCAACCCGCUUCCGAACUUCCGAGUGGGAGGGGGCAGAAAACCAUCCGGCCUUGGUAUGCACCUGUGCCAGCUGCCCGAGUAGUGUCUAGCUUGUGCGCCGUGGCGGAAAGUGGGAGUAGAAGAAUAGAAAUAUCCAGCCGCCUUGGGAUUGCAAUAGCUCCCCACGUUGUUAGUGCUUCUUCCUCCUAUCGAUGCGAUAACGACUUGGAGCAACCUCGACGGAGUAAACACUCCUCCACCGGGCCCAGUCCCAGCCUCAGCUUCCACCGAGUACCACACCUUUCCAUGCAGCAUACUAUACUCUCCUCUUCCUAGGCCAACGAAUUCUCGAGCUGCCUUGUUUCUGCAUCGACUAGGAAACCUGUUGCUAUUUGCGAUCUGAUCGGAUUGUGAUCGAUGCAUGGCCGGAUCAAAACCUCCGUUAUCGAUUAAGAAAACUCAAAAAAAACUCUCGAGUUGGUAUCGAUAAGGACCACUUCACUCGGCCGGGGUGAGGUGUGAAUGACGACUUGGAGAUAGUUCGACAGCCUUCUAUCGUCUCUGUCCGUUUUCACAUAUAUUCGGGAGGCCAGCCCAACUCUCUACUCAGGACUCAUGUGACGUUAUUGAGGGGCCUCGUCUCUCUUGACUAGAGAAUACGCAGUAUCUCUUGUUGUUUCUCGUUCUCCCGCCGACAUCCUCAGCAGACAAGCAAGCCCUCAGUCCAGCCGCCCACCAUCGUCGAAACGGACCGGGCCUCUUCGAAGCAGACCUACUACGCAGAAAAGAAUCCACAACUAGUAGGCCCAACGGGGUCCCAUCGCGCAGCCUCUCAAACGGGCCAGACAGGCCAGACGUACCAAGGCCCUGCAAGAUCGUCAGCGAGUUCCCACACUAAGGCCUGACCGAUCCGUCCCUAGGCCCAGAACAAAGAAAAUAAUUCUGGGCUAAAACGAUCGACGACGUGUGCAUUGGUUAUUGUCCAAUAUACCCCGGCCAUUCUGAGGUGUAAGUGACCAUUGCUUGGAAUUCCACAGCAAUCCCCUGUCACUUCAACAAAAAAGAAGAAAAAAAAAAGAGACCCCAAGUCCCACAGCCCACGGGCCAGAACUGGAGUCCACCUCAGCUGCAGUACUUAGUACACAUUCGUUCACAACUUGACGUACGGCAAGCUACGUCACUGGAAUUUUUUGCCCCCAAAAUUUACACUUGAAUGCACUGUCUAUUGUACUCAAACUUUAAGAAAGUGAAACACGGACCAGGAGCAGCACUCGGCCUCCCAGACAAGGAAGGCCCCAAGGACAACCCUUUGUUUAGCUCCCGAGCCCCGGACCUGCCUCACAACCCGAGUACCUCGAGUACCUUGGUACCUCUGCACGACUGCGUGACUGCCUGCCCCACGGCACUUGCCGUGCCAGCCCUGCACCUGCAACCCCAAAUUUGGCAGCGGCAAGACGCAUCAGCCAGCGAGGAAGCUGGGUCCCCUUGCAGCUCUGCCACCCACCAUCAGCCAUCAACUUUGCACCCGACGUCAGCCCGACCCGAUUUCUCCCUCUUCUUACACCAGAUUCGGCCACAGCUUGUCUGCUUGUCUGCUCAACAUCGCACCCAGUGCCUCCCACCCCACCAUCUUUAAUCACCAGUGUGGCCUUCGUUUUCUCUGGUCCCCUCCCUAGACAAAAGCACUUUUCCUUUGGACUGCCUUGCAUCUUUGUCAUAGACUUUCGAGUUAGACCUCUUGUCCGAACCAAGAACCAACUGCGGCGCGACCAUUCCUCAACUCUUCGGUGUGUUUCGAGGACAACACUUGUGUUUCGCAUCACUUCCUGCCUUCAGUUCGACCACCACAACCAGCUCAGGCGCGCAUAGACUUUAGAGCUCAGAGCCUUCUCGACGAUACCAUUUCAACUACCAAAGACAACUGGAUCCACUGCCCCAGUCCAACGGCAGCACAAGUCUCGCCCGACCGACCCGACCGACGUCGAAAAGAAAAAUCCAACCAACCUUUCAAAGCUGCAUGGGAUAUUCACAUUGCCAUACAAGAAUCUGAUACCUGAGGCCCAACAUGACGGUCUUCAUAGCCUCACUCUUCCUCCCGAAGACAGUCCAUUUUACCCUACCUGGCGUCCCUUCGAAAAACGCAAAGCUACUGCCCGAGAACCCUGCCAAAAAGAAACCCAGGCCCCAGGCGCAACGAGCACCACCGAGCCUCUUCCCUGUCCCAAAUGCCGACAUCACUCCACCAGACAGCCCAGUUGACGACCAGCCCGCUGAUGGCAUCUUUACCAACGAGGAUGGCCUGCGCAUCCACUACCACGCCAAGGAGCACCAGUCUCCAGGCUGCGAAACCAAGCCCGAGCCAGGCCCUGGCUACCAGGGCUCUCCUGUCUGGGGUAGGAGGAACGAUCAGCCUGUCUCCCGUGCCAACACCCCGCCUCCUUCCUCAAUCCUCGAGCAUAACAAGCAGUUGAAGGCCAAGGCACAAGAGCUUGGGCGCCAGGGCGUUGUCCAGCCUCGCGCCCUCCAGAGAAGCGACAGCCACGACCGCGUCUUUGCCCACGCUGACUGGAAGGUUGUCCAUGCCGACCAGGGCAAUGGGGGCUUGCGACAUGCUGCCGACGCAGCCAUUCGCGAAGGGAAGCUGUCUGACGUCACCUGGGUAGGGACCCUGGGCAUGCCCACAGAUGCCCUCGAGGGCACUCAGCAGAAGCAGGAUAUCGAGGACCGCCUCGCGACCGAGUUUGACUCGCUCACAGUCUUCUGCAGCGACAAGGACCUCGAUGGCCACUACUCGCAUUUCUGCAAGCAGAUUCUCUGGCCUGUCUUCCACUACCAGUUGCCAGACAACCCCAAGAGCAAGGCCUACGAAGAUCACUCGUAUAAGCAUUACGUCAAUGUCAAUCGAGCAUUCGCAGACAAGAUCAUCAGGAACUGGAAGAGGGGCGACGUCAUCUGGGUUCACGACUACCACCUGCUGCUUGUGCCUGGCAUGGUCCGCGAGAAGCUGCCCGACGCCAAGAUUGGCUUCUUCCUGCAUGUCGCUUUCCCCUCGUCAGAGGUCUUCCGCUGUCUGGCCGUCCGAAAAGAGCUGCUCGAGGGCAUGCUCGGCGCCAACCUGAUCGGCUUCCAGAUCCACGAAUACACGCGGCACUUCCUGCAGACCUGCAGCCGCCUGCUCAAUGCAGAGGCGACCCCUGAUGGCCUGCACCUAGAGGACCGUUUUGUAGAUGUCAUCAACCUCCCCAUCGGAAUAGACCCCGUGAGUCUGAGCGCGCAUCGGGAAGACCCCGCUGUCAAGAGGUGGCUUGAUGUGCUCCGGGAGCGUUACGCCGGCAAGAAGCUCAUCGUGGCGCGAGACAAGCUGGACCAUGUCCGAGGCGUCCGCCAGAAGCUCCUCGCCUACGAGCUCUUCCUCAACACCAACCCCGAGUGGCGAGGAAACGUCAUAUUGAUCCAGGUCGCCCUGUCUUCAAGCGAGAAAUCAGAGCUUGACGCGACUGUGAGUGAUAUUGUCACUCGCAUCAACUCAUCUUAUGCAAAUCUCGCGUACCAGCCGGUUGUGUACCUGAAGCAAGAUAUCGACUAUGCUCAAUACCUGGCCCUUCUGUCCAUUGCUGAUGCGCUCAUGAUCACAAGCCAGCGCGAGGGCAUGAACUUGACCUCGCAUGAGUAUCUCUACUGCCAGGACGGCAAGCACAUUGGCGAGAAAAAGCAUGGCUCCCUGAUCCUGUCCGAGUUCACGGGAACUGCCUCCCUUUUCGGCGGCAAUGAGCUGUCUGUGAACCCAUGGGACUACAGGGCGUGCUCCAAUGCCAUCCGAAAGGCCCUGGACAUGAGCAACGAGGAAAAGGAAGAGCGAUGGACCAAGCUCCACAAAUGCAUCAUGCAGCACACUGGUGCUCAUUGGUUUACCGAACUGAUGACGCGCCUGGACCACGCGCAUGACGAGCAGCAUCGCCAUGAUCAGACAUCUGUCCCGCGCCUCAACGUGAACAAUCUGGUAGAGAAGUAUCAAAAGAGCGGACGCCGCCUGUUCAUUUUGGACUACGAGAACACGCUGGUCAACUGGGGUCCUGUGAACCAGAUCAUUCCUUCCAGCCCACAGCGUACCCUGGAUACCUUGAACGAGCUUCUCCUGGACGAGCGCAACAUAGUAUAUGUAAUGUCUGGUCGGCGGCCCGAGGAGCUGGACCGUUUGUUCCGACGCGUCCCUAACCUGGGUCUCAUCGCCGAGAACGGUUGCUUCCUCAAGGAUUGCGGCAGUGACGCGUGGACUGAGAUGGCAAACCCCGAGCACAUCCGGGCGUGGAAGGAGUCGGUUAAGGGAAUACUCAACUACUACCUGGAGCGCACACCGGGUGCCGAGAUCGAGGAGCGCCGCUGCAGCCUGAUCUUUCACUACAAGAGCGCCGAGGACUGGGAACACGCAGUCAGCCAGGCGAGUGACUGUGCCUCGCAUAUCAACGAUGCCUGUGAGAACCAGCGUGUCCACGCCAUCGCCACUGACGGCUCAAUAAUCGUGGAGCCGGUGGAUUGGACCAAGUGUACCGCCGCGGAGAGGAUUCUCGAGGACCUCAUGAGUCGCCUGCCUGCGAACGACAACACACACAAGGGCCCUGUGGACUUCCUGAUGGUGGUCGGGGACGGGAGAGACGACGAGAAGGUCUUCAGAUGGGCCAACAAUCUCGGAAACGACCAGGUCGUCAAGGACGUGGUCACCGUCAGCUUGGGCAACCGCAACACCGAGGCGACCGCCACCCUAACGCAGGGUGUUUCUGGUGUUUUGGUGGUGCUCAACCGGCUGGCGUCCGCCACCGCUGAAUGAGCCCGUCGCGUUUGGCCAGGCCUAGGUUGAUUGCAGAAGUCACUUUCGAAGAUGCCCGAGUUAGACUUGCGCCGUCGCACGUGGAGACGCCCGGAAUGGGACGCUACGGCGUCAGCAGCAAUUGGGGUUUUAUUUCCCAACCCUGGGCUACCUUGUCGAACGCCGCCUCGUCGCACAGUCCUUCUCUUUCCGUCGCCAAUCUUUGUGGCGCCUCCACCCCCAUGGGGCUUGGCGACAGGGACCGUGGUCUCAUCGGUCAGCCCCGUCUGCGCGACCUGUCAGUUCUUUUGACGGACAGGCUAUUUCGAGCAGCACAGGGCCAGGCAGGGGCCGGCGAACCUCGACCGAACAGUUUCUACAUGCCCUGCUCCUUGCAACAACCCUUCUCUCCUCCUCACAUGACCGUCCGCUCAUGCACGUCUGUCUCACUGUGGCUAGUGGGACUGGUGUGGUGUAACCGCCACUCAUGCGCGGUACAACGGCAUAUUCUUGUGGUGUUUCCUGUAGCAGUAUCCUUGUUUGUGGUAUUUGGUUCUUCUCAUUAUGCGUACUCUCUCUUCUCUCUCUCUCUCUUUCUGGUUAACCUCAUGAUGAACACAAAAGCAUGGCGAUCACGGCACAAAUGGUAGUUUCUUGUUUUUAAGGAUAUGAAUGAUGGAAAGGAAAUGCUCUCACACCCAACCCCUUGUGCUACUUGGAAAAAAGGGCUCGGUGGUAUGGAUGGAUGCCUGUCAGAAGAGUCUGGACACUUGUACGAUUGAUUGUUGGAUAGACGGCGACUCCCCCCGCGCGCUUGUGUGUGUGUCCUAUGGAUGGGAAGGGGUAAAUGAAAGUCUGCCAUUCGUGGUGUGGUGUUUGAAAACGAACAUGCGUGUUUCCGUGCGGGCGUGCGUUCUCCCCUUUGUCUGGCCAGCAUGGUUUGAUUAGACUACAGAUGCGUGCGAGGGUUGACUGCUAUCAGGAUCAGAUCACAUCACAUCAAAACACCACCCGCACACAUCAACAACACCCCACUCCUCCAAAACCCAACAUUACAUCAUCAAAGAUCCGGCCGGGGAUAGCUGGUUUCCCCCCGGGGCAUUUUCCCCGUUGUACUUUGUACUUGGUUUUCUCUCCUCCAGCAGCACCGUUUUUGCUUUUUUUGAUUCAUCCAGACUAUCCAGACUACUUACUUACUACCUCUGUACAAUUAGGAUCAGGUUAGGUUAGGUUAGUCCUUCCAAGAGCUCUCAAGCAAUCGGAGUUUAUGAGUUUGCUCCUCUCUCA